AUGCAGAUUUUCGUGAAGACUUUGACGGGCAAGACCAUCACCUUGGACGUGGAAGCCUCGGAUACCAUCGACAAUGUGAAGGCGAAGAUUCAGGACAAGGAAGGUAUCCCUCCAGACCAGCAGCGCUUGAUCUUUGCCGGGAAGCAGUUGGAGGAUGGACGCACCCUCAGUGACUACAACAUUCAAAAGGAGUCCACCCUCCACCUGGUCUUGCGCCUGCGCGGUGGCGUCAUUGAGCCCUCCCUGGCGGUGCUGGCACGAAAGUUCAACUGUGAGAAGAUGAUUUGCCGAAAGUGCUAUGCGCGCCUGCACGCUCGCGCUGUGCACCUUGGUUUUUCGUUUGGCGCUGAGGAACUGCCGCAAGAAGAAGUGCGGACACUCCAACCAGCUCCGCCCCAAGAAGAAGCUGAAGUAAUCGCGACGGCAGAGGGCACCGGAUGUCUGCUAUUGGUGCUGGCGGCGGCCUGUGAGGCCCACGACACCAAUGGCAGCAGAGGGCGGCGCGCUGAGGAGCAUCGACACUUGCAGGGGCAGCAACAGGAGGAGAUCAUUCCGGAGGAGGGCUGGGAGUUCCCCCUGGGCACGCGUCUGGCCUUCGCCAGUAGUAUCGAGAGCGAGCUCUUGGGCAGUGGGUCGUCGUCUCAAAACUCGCUCAACCUCCUCGCAGGCUACAGGUACAGCCAGGUCUCCUUCUCCGUCCCAGCAGAGUUCACCUUUGGGAUUGACCAUGCCCAGGCUGUCAUCAAACUGGUGACCUCUGGUGUGACUCUGAGCGAGUGCUCGAGGAGCACCUACGACGUCUCCAUGGACAUUGUCCGCACUUCGGUGACUCUGCAAACCUAUGCCCCCUCAGCGUUGGCAGAUGGAGCGUUACUUCGCGUUCAGACCUUGGAUGUGGAAGGCACGGUCAUGGGUCAGGACACCAUCUUCCCCCACGUGGCCUUUAUGCACGGUGGCUACUACCAGUUGUGCUACAGCCCCGAUGGCAGCAUGGUGGGCAACGAGGAGCUGAACGCCAUCGUCCCCAUCCAGGUGAGGGUCUUUGGUGUGGCCUCGGAGUGCGAGGGCAACGGCUGCCUGGCGUUGGAGCGCUGGGACUGUUUCUUCUCGUAUCGCUAUGAAGCCAACAGCAUGUGCCGCGUGGACUUCCGGAGUUUCGGAGGUGGACGUCCUGGCUUCUCAGUGGAAGCUGCUGCCGUCAGCAAGUCGUUGUGGACGUCCUUGUGGGGCAGCGACAGCUACCAGCUGGGCGUCUUCCUACCUGGAGAACAAAGGAACUGUUCAGAUGUCUCCGUGGGGGAGUAUUUGGUUGUGGAAACCGACAUCUUUGAGUCCUUCUCCUGGUCGGACAGUAACAUUGGUUUCAUCACCGACACCACGACUGCCAUGGACAUGCCACCCUUGAAACCAGUGAUGGCCACCCAGAGCUAUGCCCUCACCGUGUGUUAUUGCCCAAGCUAUGAUGGUCCCGUGGAUGGUUCGGUGGUGGCCUGCGACGAUGUCACAGAAUACAUUCAGCCGGUUGGUGUGGUCUACUACUGGCUCCUUCGUGUUUGCGACUUGGAAUUUAAAAGUCGGAAAACACGCAAGUGCUCCAAGAGCAACGCUUUGUCCAUCUCUGAGGCUUUAGCUUUGCGAAUCACGCUCUACGAUGAAGUUUUGGUAUCCUACCCCAGCAGCCCUUCUCAUUGCGCUUGCAAUGCCCUCCUGGUGGCACGUCCUGUACCGGAAGCAAUGAGAUACUUGGUGGAUGGGCAACAGGCCAUGGUGCACACGGAUGUGUCCUGGACCAAAGAUGACCUCUACAUGCGGCUGAAGGAUCUGAAGCGGCAGAUGGAGUUCUCGGACAUCCAGGAGGAGUACAUCAAAGAUGAGAUGAAGAACCUGAAGCGCGAGAUGAUCCGCGCGCAGGAAGAGAUCAAGCGGGUGCAGUCGGUGCCCUUGGUGAUCGGUCAAUUCUCCGAGAUGAUCGACCAGAACCAUGGCAUCGUCUCCUCCACGGCAGGCUCCAACUACUUCGUGCGGAUCCUCAGCACCUUGAACCGCGAGCUGCUGAAGCCCAACUCUUCGGUGGCCCUGCACCGCCACUCCCAUGCCGUGGUGGACAUCUUGCCGCCCGAAGCGGAUAGCACAGUGCAAAGCAUGGCCAUGUCCGAAAAGCCUGACGUGACCUAUGCAGACAUCGGUGGAAUGGACAUCCAGAAACAGGAGAUCAAGGAAGCCGUGGAGCUGCCCUUGACCCACAAGGAGCUCUACGCGCAGAUCGGCAUCGAUCCACCGAGCGGCGUGCUGCUCUAUGGACCGCCGGGCACGGGGAAGACGAUGUUGGCCAAGGCCGUGGCCAACAUGACCACGGCCACCUUCAUUCGUAUGGUCGGGUCGGAGUUCGUUCAGAAGUACUUGGGCGAGGGACCCCGCAUGGUCCGUGAUGUCUUCCGCUUGGCGCGUGAGAAUGCCCCGUCCAUCGUUUUCAUUGAUGAAAUUGAUGCCAUUGGCACCAAGCGAUUCGACUCGCAGACGGGCGCGGAUCGUGAAGUCCAGCGGAUCUUGUUGGAACUGCUGAAUCAGAUGGAUGGCUUUGACCAAGAUACCACUGUCAAGGUCAUCAUGGCCACCAACCGCGCGGACACCCUGGAUCCCGCUUUACUGCGGCCGGGGCGGUUGGAUCGAAAGAUUGAGUUCCCCCUGCCGGACCGACGGCAGAAACGGCUCAUCUUCCAGACCAUCACCUCGAAGAUGAAUCUCAGUGAGGAGGUGGACUUAGAGGACUACGUCAGUCGACCCGAGAAGAUCAGUUGCGCCGACAUCGCGGCCAUCUGUCAGGAGGCUGGCAUGCAGGCGGUGCGGCACAAUCGCUACGUCAUCCUUCCCAAGGAUUUCGAGGCGGGAUGGAAGGACCAUGCCAAGAAGAACCGCAUCAAGUUCCUGCCAGCCUACUGCCCCCUCUGUCAGCUGGGUUCCCUGGGCGAUGAUGGUGAGGGCCCCUUCCCGCUGUGGGAUCCGGGCUCCAGGUGCCGCACCGGCAAGGCCGAGAGCGAGCGGCUGAUUUUCUACCCAGAUCUCUUUGAUGAGAAUGGGGUGCUGAUCGAUCCUGGCUUGUACAGGUAUGGAGGCGACCGUCGCGACUACAAAUUCUGGGAGCUUCCAGACCUUAUCGGUAAGCUUCCGAUGGGUGAUCGGCUGAUGGUGUGCUAUUGCGACGAGGGUUGCGAACACUUCUACAACUUCUUCGAGGUGGGUGAGAUCCGCCUGGCGGACUCCGCGGGCAUCGCCAGGUGGUCCAAGGUCGGGGAAGGCUUUCAGAUCAUUCAGCCCAUCGAGACCGUGGAGUAUCCCACCAAGGCUGGUGGCAUCACGCUCUUUGCUGGAAUCCGUUCCAACCUCUCGGAAGGUAUGCACCCCUACGACAGCAUCCCUUGGCGGAGAAAGUCCAUCAUGAAGAUCUUGUCCUAUGACAACACCGCGGAGUAUCUGCCGGAGGGUAGCUCAACGAAAGUGACGCUUGAAGAGUACUUGGGCCUCAAUCGGGAGAUGACGGCCACUGGACGGCGCGGCUUAGAUUUUGCCUGCGCCUUCAACAGCACCAGUGUGGGCACGGUGAAUGGCCCCGACAGCACAGAGAGUGCGAAGAACUUCAUGGCAUGGGUCGGUCCGGAGGCAGCGCAGUACCUACCCUUCACAGGGGGUGAAAAUGAUCAGACCUUUCUCUUCUUGGAAGCUGGCACAUACGCCAUAUGCUACUGCUCGUUUCUGGACAAUUUAGACGAAUGCGCUGCAGACACUGGGUACAUUUGGGCUGCCUCCAUUAUGGUGAAGGGUACGAGGCGCAAUCAAAAUGUGAUCCUACCAACGAACUUUGUGGUCCGCAUUGACUUGGAGGGCUGGGGCUUUACCACAGAGGAUACCAUCCGCCUCAUCACUUUGACCCAGACGUGCUCUGAGAAUGCCUACAACCCGAAAGGCGUGGUCAGCGGAUUUCGCCUGGGCUGUCCAGGGCUGGAUGGCACCAGCUGUCGCUCUCCAAAGGUCGAAGAGAACAUCAAGGUGUACCUCAUCUCAGCAGAGAGGACGGGGCUCUACAUCGAGAGCAUCAGCAUCCAGGAGACCAAGUCCAUCCUAUUCUUCAGCGGCGACGUCACGGCGGAGGUGGCGGAUGGGGAUCAGAUCACCCUGGACGAGUCCACGGUGCUGCUGAAUGGCCGGGGGCAACUGUCCUGGACGGAUCAUGAGAGGCACAUCGUGUCCAAGCUCUCGGGGAUCUAUGCCUUCGCGGACGAGCCCCAGACCACUCGGAUGCUGUGGAAUCGCGUGUCCUACGUCCCCGGAGAGCCGCGGCAGCUGAGUAUUGCCCUGGGCUGGCCUGAAGGUGAGCGUCCAGAUAUCACAUUCAUCAACCAGCGAGGUGGCUGGCAGCGGCGAAACCGCUUGGAAACCGAUGAGGAAAUCCAGGCUCAGCAGGCCGCGCAACUGAGGAUCUGCUGGGGGGCCUCUGAUGGUCCUGACCAGGAGACCAGCAAGGGG